AUGCACCAUGCCACCUGCAUGAGCUGUAUGCAAGGCCCCAGAAGGAAGGACGUGCCAUCUGCGGCCCAAAAUGCGGCCCCCCGACACCUCUGUCGGUUGCGUUUUCAAGGACAGGCCAAGUACAAGAUACCUGGGUGCUGUUCCGGAACAGACGACACUGCACUAGUCCAGCGUAAUCGACGAGGCCACAAGCCAGGGCACUAA